AUGAAUGAUGACAGGGUGCCCAUUUCACCGCAACUUCCAGCGGUAUUCGAGACAGCGCCCAGUGCAUUCCCGCAAGGUCCUGCUCCGCACCAGACCUUUGGCGACUCAAGUGUGCCUGAUGUGAGCGCCUUCAAUGACCUUAGUGCGUCGAAUAACCCGGACAUAUUGGAAAGCUUUGAUUUUGAAACUUUCCUCAACACCGACGGCGAUGAAGCUGGAUUUAACUUCGGUCUAAACUUGCCAUUUGCCCCAGAGGAAGCUCCCAAAGUGGAAGACACAUCACCCGAAAAUCCGGACGUUUGGAUCUUGAGGUGGACCACAUUGGAGAAAACGGAGCUGCAUCACUUAGAUCCAAUCGAUGCGCCUGGAUUAUGA